UUAAACCUCAUCGAAGAAGACGAGGUUUACUUACUUGUGUGCUGGCUGCCUGAGGCUUGCAACAUACGUGUCAGUCAUGGAAACACUUGAAGACAAAUUUAAUAAGUAUCUUUCGCCGCUGGUGUCACGAUAUGCCAGCAAGGAAAUGGCCUAUAACUUCAGUGACAGGAAGAAAUUCACAACGUGGAGGAAACUGUGGAUCUACUUGGCCAAAGCUGAGAAGGCUCUUGGCCUGCCCGUCACCGACGCCCAGGUAGCAGAGAUGGAGAGCCACGCUGAGGACAUCGACUUUGCCAUGGCGGCGGAGGAGGAGAGCAAGCUGAGGCACGAUGUCAUGGCCCACGUGCACACUUUCGCCCACUGCUGCCCCACCGCUGCUCCAAUCAUCCACCUGGGUGCCACAUCCUGUUACGUGGGAGACAACACGGAUUUGAUCAUGCUUCGUGACGGUUUUGACAUUCUCCUGCCGAAGUUGGCCAGAGUGAUCGACAGACUAUCAAACUUUGCUGAAAAAUACGCUGGUCUCCCCACCCUGGGUUUCACACAUUACCAGCCGGCCCAGUUGACCACAGUGGGUAAGAGAGCAUGUCUGUGGCUCCAGGACCUGGCCAUGGACAUGCGGAACCUUCAGCGCGCCCGCGAAGACCUGCGUUUCCGGGGGGUGAAGGGUACUACGGGCACCCAGGCCAGCUUUCUGCAGCUCUUCCAGGGGGACCAUGAUAAGGUGGAGGAUCUAGACAGAAUGGUCACGGAGAUGGCAGGCUUUAAAAAGGCUUACAUGGUGACUGGACAGACGUACAGUCGUAAGGUAGACAUCGACUCCCUCUCUCCCCUGGCCAGCAUGGGAGCCACCAUCCACAAGAUCUGCACUGACAUCCGCCUGCUGGCUAACCUUAAGGAGAUUGAGGAGCCUUUUGAAAAGGAGCAGAUUGGCUCCAGUGCCAUGGCCUACAAGAGGAACCCAAUGCGUUGUGAGCGUUGCUGUAGUCUGGCCCGCCACCUGAUAGCGCUGCUCGCUGACCCCCUCCAGACCGCCUCUGUCCAGUGGCUGGAAAGAACACUGGAUGACAGUGCCAAUAGGAGAAUCUCUCUCCCUGAGUCUUUCCUUACCGCUGACAUCAUCCUCAGCACCCUGCAGAACAUCACCGAAGGCCUGGUGGUCUACCCCAAGGUGAUCGAGAGACACAUCCAUCAUGAGCUUCCCUUCAUGGCUACAGAGAACAUCAUCAUGGCUAUGGUGAAGGCUGGAGGCAACAGACAGGACUGCCAUGAGAAGAUACGUGUGUUGUCCCAGCAGGCUGCAACCGUGGUCAAACAGGAGGGGGGGGACAAUGACCUCUUGGCCAGGGUCCAGGCUGACCCCUACUUCGCCCCUAUCCUGGGCCAUCUAGACAGCAUCCUGGACCCCAAGACCUUCAUCGGCCGCGCCCCCCAACAGGUGGCGAGGUUUCUCUCUGAGGAGGUACGCCCUCUGCUGGAACCUUACAAGGCCGAGAUUGAUGUCAAGAUCGAGCUGGAGCUCUAAAACGGGGGACAAUCCUGACCUGUAAAACGACUAACCAAAAUACUUAAACUGACCCUUAAUUUAACCCUGACUUAAUUUAAACAAAUUCUGAAAUAUUGUUUCGCAAGUCAAGAGUGGCCUUUUCACUAAAACAAACACAUACUGUUACACAACAAAAUAAACCUCUUCAUGACUGACAUUGCAUGUUUUACUGUAAGACAAUAAAAGACUGAAAUCAGAA